UAACGCAAGAAGGACUAAAAUCCUUGAAGAAUUCGUGUCGGAAAUCGUACAAAAAUAGGAUUGCCAACAAUUUGAGUGACGUCACACAAAUGGAGCAAACUGUGGGAGCGAUGGAGCCUUGAGCCUUCUAAAAUUACAUGAGCGCUUAAGAAAAACAUUAUUCGAAGUUUACGCUCCAAUUUUCACUACGUCGUUUUACAUACGAGAGUAAGUGGCACAGUGUACGGCGCGUGUGGUUUUAAAAUAAAUAAUUAGAUUGUAUCGAGAACAGUGUAAACGAUUUAUUGUUGAAAACAGUUGCUUUGGUUACGAAAAAUCCCUUAAUAUUCGUAAUAAAUUAAAGAUGCAAAGAAGGCGUCCGGCCCGUCUGAAAGCAUACUAAGAGAACACAAACAAACACAAAAUGCCCGUCGUCUCGCCUUCCAGAUACACUCCCACCAGUUCCACCCUCACCGGCUCCUACCGAUCAACACUGACCUCCUCAUCUAGCAUAGACAAGCCUUAUUAUAGAAAUAGCAGUGGCACCUACGUCACGUCGACGAUACGGAGCAAUCAUGGGGAUAGAACUACGGAAUUCAGGUCCAGAUAUAGCGAUGUGGACGGAAAGAGAGAAAGAAAAACAUCUUUGGUUGAAUACACUAGGAACUCCCGAGCGCCGAGCGUCGGAGAGUCCGACAGCGGCAUUUCCAGCAGGUACCGCUCGGAUAGAAGCGAGUCUAGAUCCCGGGACGUAUCGACGACUAGAAGCGAAAGUUCCAGAACCUCCGACCUGAACAGGGGAAAGAGAAACGUCCUGAGUACAGCCGCAUUGGCCAUGUCCACCGUGGACUUCUACAAUAAGUACUCUCCCGCUAAUUACGUGCCAUUAACACAAAGGAUACAACAGCAAGCCCAGAACAACUACGGGGAGAUCUCCAGGUCCAAGUCCAUAUCCAACGACAUCGGCCGCCCGCCCGCGGCCGACUGCCGGCCGCGCCGCGCGCGCCCCGCCGCGGCCUCCAUCUCCGAGAAACCCGAAGGCCGAAACAAGGACAGUUCCCCAUCGCCCGGCUACAGCAAGCGCCACUCUCUAUCGAACGGCAUCCGCGACACUAAUGGAAACGAGGUGCCCUCUGUGUCGGAAAUGCGGAAGCGGUUCGACUCAAAGAUGGCCGUGACCAAGCUUCCGGCGAACGAAUCAAGAUAUCCUCCCAAAACUCUGGAACAGUAUCUUAGUCAGCUCAAGGAUUGCGAAAACGGAACAGUUGGCUACACGAAAAUAAACGCUAAAGAUGAACAGCCGGUGCCGGUUCACUUACCGUAUGUCGAAAAGAAUGGCGUCAGCCACAGGUGGGAGGGCUCACCCAGCUCUAGGUCUAACUCGAACUCCGAUCUGACUAUUAGUAAGACUUUAUCCGAACCAGUAUCCCUAGCGAAACCUUCCCUAGAUAGAAAUAGUACGAUGUCUACAUCUCUCACCGCCAAGCCUACGUCCGAAAGAUUAGCUAGUAUUAAAAAUCAAUUAGACCCUAACAAUACAUUAGGAAAAAAUCUAGAAAAGUCCAAAGUCAUCCAAAUAGAAAACGGUGAUAUAGAUUACGUGGAACGUAAAAAAAUACGCAACAGUCCCGAAAUCAAAUUAAAAGAUCUGAAGAGUGAUAUAGAAAAACAGAGCAAAACACCGAAACACACGACAAAUUUUGCUUCGUAUAUACAAAUAUCCCAACCGAUCGCAUCUGGAGCUACGCCCAAGAAGAGUAAUGAGGUAGCUACUGAUAAACAGGUAAAAAACAAAGAAGCGAAGAAGUCUCUUAAGUAUAUAGAUUCUGAGGAAGAUCGUUUAUUACUCGAAAAUGAAAUAGAAUCUCCCAGCGGCACGGGUUUUGAAAACAAAACCUUCGAACACGAAAACUUUCUGAAGAAAAGAACUGAAAAUAACGAGCUUGAAGCGAGGGAUGACGGUGUCAAGUCGAUGGAAACGAGCACAGAGAGUACCAUCAGUGAAUCCACAGAAGAUUCUAGCCCGGAAACUCCAUCGGCUCGAAGAAAGACCUUGGACAUAAAGGACUAUGAUUAUAUCAAAUCGGAGUUGGCCGGCGGUAAGAGCGGGCCCAGCGGACCCAGUGGACUCCGACGCAGCUCCGAGCGCACAGACGUCGGCGAACGGAUCGAGAAACACUCGCACACCAGUGGGCUGAACGGGCUGCGCAACAUCGGCAACACGUGCUUCAUGAACAGCGUGCUGCAGUGCCUGGCCAACACGCGGCCGCUGCUCGAGUACCUGCUGCACGAGCCGCACGCCGCCGACGUCAACACCACGCUGUCGUGCAUGAAGGGCGCGCUCAUCAAAGCGUUCGCGAGCGUGGUGAAGGAGCUGUGGCGCAGCGGCGAGCGCGACGCCGUCAUCAACACCACGUCGCUGAAGGCGCAGGUGCAGCGGUUCGCGCCGCGCUUCAUGGGCUACAGCCAGCAGGACGCGCAGGAGUUCCUGCGCUACCUGCUGGAGGGGCUGCACGAGGACGUGAACCGCGUCACCACCAAGCCCAAGCCGAUCCUCACGGAGAUCGACGACACGCUCAGCGACUCUGCGGCGGCGGCGGAGGCGUGGGCGCGCUACCUGCGCAUGGAGGACAGCCGCGUGGGCGACAUCUUCGUGGGGCAGCUCAAGUCCACGCUGCGCUGCACGCACUGCCACCACGACAGCGUCACCUUCGACCCCUUCUGGGACCUCAGCCUGCCGCUCCCCGCGCGCACCGGCAACCUCAAGCUGCAGCAGUGCCUGCAGCACUUCGUGCGCGAGGAGGCGCUGGACGGCGACGAGAAACCGACGUGCUCGAAGUGCGGCGUGCGGCGCAAGUGCCUCAAGUGGUUCACGGUGCAGAAGUUCCCGCAGGUCCUCGUGCUGCAUCUGAAAAGGUUCUCGCCGACGGAGCGCUUCCGCGGCAAGCUGUCGGUGCUGGUGGAGUUCCCGCUCAGCGCGCUCGACAUGUCGCCCUUCGCGGCCGCGCCCACGCACGCCGUCUACAACCUGUACGCCGUCAGCAACCACUCGGGCACGACGUACUCGGGCCACUACACGGCGUACUGCAAGCAUCCCUACACUGGCGACUGGCACGAGUACAACGACUCCAGAGUGUCGACGAUAGCGCCGCGCGACGUGGUGUCGGCGGAGGCGUACGUGCUGUUCUACGAGCUGGUGCCGCGCGCGUAGCGCGCUCCGUCACCCUGCGCGAGCGGGGCGGGGCUACUGCGGCGCUGUCCGCUGCGUGCGGCGCGUGUCGUGACCCGCACGCAGCGAGCCCGCCACUCGAGCUCAGCCA